AUGGUCGACUCAACUCCACAAACCCUUCGUCCAAAUCUCCCCGAAACCCUCCGUAUCCUCCGUCUCGAUCCAAUCCAUACACCCUCACCAGAUUUCUCACCUCUCCCAAUCCCUUAUACCGUCACCGAGCUACCCAAUCCUCCUCCAAAAGGUGACGAACUAAUGACAUAUCUCAAACCCGCCCAUGUCUUAAUCUCCACUCGUUUCUUCCUCACCUCUACCAUUCUAUCCCAACUACCAAAUUUGAAGCACAUAGCUAUUCUCGCCAUCGGAACAGAUCAUGUCGAUAUUGCUUACUGUAAAGAACAUGGGAUUUCAGUAUCAAAUGUUCCAGCAGCAAGUAAUGAAGCGGUGUCAGAACAUGGAUUAACGUUGUAUAUGGCGCUUAGAAGAAAUGUAGUAGGGAUGCAUGAGAGGACCAGAGAGGGAAAGGAAUGGAAGGAGAAGGGGAGUUUGAGUGAGCAUUUCUAUGGGGGAUUGAUGACAGGGUUUAAGGGGGAAGUGGUGGGAAUUGUAGGGGGUGGGGAGUUAGGAAACCGAGUAGCAGACCUUUGUCGAGCCCUAGGAAUGACGGUCCAGUUCAGCGAGCGAAAAGGCGUCCCUGAAACUGAAACCCGUCCAGAUUAUGCCUCAUUCACCACCGUCAUGAAAAUCAGUACCGUCCUCUUCCUUUCUCUCCCCUUGACACCCACCACGGAAAACAUGAUUGCCGCGGCGGAAUUAUCAAUAAUGAGACCAGACACUCUCAUCAUCAAUAUCGCACGAGGAGGAAUAGUCAAUGAGGAGGAUUUAGUAGAUGCAUUGAAGCAAGGCAAAAUUGCUGGAGCCGCAACGGAUGUUUAUGUAGAAGAACCAGCCGGAGAAAAUAAUACGUUGGUGAAAGCAGCGAGAGAUAGCGAAUUGCGGGAUAGUGGAAGAUUAAUUUUGAGUCCUCAUGUUGCUUGGUAUGGAAUAAGUAGUGUGGAGAAAUUGAGGAGGGUUGUGACGGAGAAUAUCAAAGGGUGGUGUGAGGGUGCUGGCGGGAAUGUUGUGGGUUGA